AGUAUGGGUCGGCUUGAUGGGAAGUUCAUACUCCUGUCUGCAGCAGCGCAGGGGAUUGGACGAGCAGCUGCUAUAACUUUUGCUAAAGAAGGAGCCAAAGUCCUUGCUACAGACAUCAAUGAGUCUAAGCUGCAAGAACUGAAGAAAUAUCCAGGCAUUCAAAUACGGGUUCUGGAUGUCACCAAAAAGGAGCAGAUAGAAAAUCUGGCCAAGGAGAUUGAAAAGAUUGACGUCCUCUGUAACAUUGCAGGGUUUGUUCAUCAUGGAACUAUUUUGGACUGUGAGGAGCAAGACUGGAACUUCACUAUGAACCUCAAUGUUCGCAGCAUGUAUCUAAUGAUCAAGACAUUCCUUCCGAAGAUGCUUAAACAGAAAUCUGGAAAUAUUAUAAAUAUGUCUUCUGUGGCAUCUAGCAUUAAAGGAGUUGUGAACAGAUGUGUAUAUAGUACUUCAAAGGCAGCAGUUAUUGGUCUAACAAAGUCUGUGGGUGCUGAUUUCAUUGAACAAGGCAUCAGAUGUAACUGCAUAUGUCCUGGAACUGUUGACACACCAUCUUUACAGGAAAGAAUCCGAGCCCGGCCUAACCCAGAACAGGCAUUGAAAGACUUUCUAGCCAGACAGAAGACUGGUAGGAUGGCUACUGCUGAAGAAGUGGCCCAUCUCUUUGUGUACUUGGCUUCUGAUGAAUCUGCCUACGUGACUGGUAAUGAACUGAUCAUUGAUGGAGGAUGGAGCUUGUGAUCGACCCUACCUGCAAAUGGAAAUUCAUACCAUGAAAGGCAAAAAGUGAGGAUCAUGUUUCUUAGUUAAGAUAGCUUGCAAAGGUUUAGAUCACGCACAUGAUGUCUUUCAAAACAAAUCUGGUGCAUUUUUACUGCUGUAUGAUCUCUUUCUA